AUGACCGACGAUACGACAGUGACUCCAGUCAUCGUGGAGGUCUGUACGGGGAUGAGGUCGAUGAACGACGAUCCGAUUCCCGAGUCUACAAUUGGCGAUAUGACAGCAUUCAAGAAGAAGAUCACGAUUGGGAAGAGCCGGAAGGAGAAGAGCACGAUUGGCGUCAAAACGAUCAGAAAACUGGAGCCGUCCAUGAGGAGGAGCACUAUGCCACCGAAGGAUACCAGGCGGAUCGAGAAGACUCGUCGAGACAGAACAGUGUCGAACGGCCAGAAAUUCACCAAACGACUGAUAUUGCUCAGU